GGCAUGCAAGGAGCAGGGAGUGAGAAGGUGUACUGCUGGAGGAUUGAGGAAUACAAGUGUGGUCAGGCUUCAAGAGGAAGAUCCUGCUGUGAGGAUAAAGAAGGCAUUCCAGAAUCCUGGGGCUUUGGCUUGGAGUCAUUUUUCUAGCUGGGUUCUUCCAUAUGAAAGGAAAUGUCAUCUCUUCAUACAGAGUGUGGGGGUUUUCCACCAAGCACCUGAGACCCAGUCACCCCCAGACGAACGUGAUGUUUCUCAAGACCCACAAAACUGCCAGCAGCACCAUCAUGAACAUCCUAUUCCGGUUUGCAGAGAGGCACAAUCUGACCCUAGCCCUUCCUGCUGGCCAGAACUACCACCUGGGCUACCCUCAUCGCUUCAUGGCCCAGUUUGUAGAGGGAUUUAAAACCAUCGGAAAAAGUUACAACAUCAUGUGCAACCACAUGAGGUUUAACCUCCAAGAGGUCCGAAAAGUAAUGCCAAACACCACCACCUACUUUUCCAUCCUGAGAAACCCAGUUUCACUGAUGGAGUCCUCCUAUGCCUAUAAUAAAUUUUUUACACCAGCAUUUAGAAGAUCAAAGGAUGUGAAUGAGUUUCUGGCAUCUCCAUGGACAUAUUACAAUAUGAGUGAAUGCACAAAUAACGUUCAUGCGAGGAACUACAUGUGGUUUGACUUUGGCUAUGACAACAACGCAAUGGACACUGAGGACUACGUUCAGAGUGUCAUAGCGGAGAUCGAACAGGCUUUUCAGCUGAUGUUGCUAACUGAUUACUUUGAUGAGUCCAUGGUCCUGCUGAAGGACACUUUGGGCUGGGAGCUGGAUGAUGUGGUUUACUUCAAGCUGAAUUCCCGAAGCCAGGACACUAUCAAGAGCAUGACCCCUGAGAGCAAGGAAAAGGUAAAAGAAUGGUGCUCAUUGGACUGGAAGCUCUACCAACACUUCAACAGAACCUUCUGGAGGAGAAUUCAGGAGACAAUAGGGCUAGAAAAAUUGGAUCAGGAGGUGAAUCUCCUGAGAAUGAGACAAAAGGAACUUAUGGAGCUGUGUCUCUUGGAUCCAGUGCCAAUAGAUAAGAACAAGAUCAAAGACAAAAAACUUCAGCCCUUCCAGUCAGGGCGUGCAAAUAUUCUGGGCUAUAAUCUUAAAGAAGACAUGGCUAAUGAGACUCUGAGAACCUGCCUGAGACUGAUCCUGCCUGAGCUUCAGUAUAUGUCAUAUCUGUAUGCUCAUCAGUUUCCAGAGAAGAGGAGGAAGAGCACAGCUUUUCCCUUGUGGCUGAGGUGACAGUGUUGGUGGAUUGUUAAUAUCACCCACAGAGCAAUAAUGCUUAUAACAUUCUUAUCACCUUGUUCAUGUACCUCCCAGAGAUGUGUUUACAUUUUUGUGGCCCAGUGGAGUUAACCCAUGAAAUUUCCUUACAGAGUUUUCAGAUCCGGGAGUGGGGUGGGGAGACAGAAGGGGUGUGGCAGGAACACAGCACUCCCCAGCUGACUCCAUUUGCCAUAUGGUUCCCUGGACGUCUUUGCUUGCUCCAGCCUACCUCAGGGGCUGGGCUGGGGUGAAGUUGGCUAAAGAACCAGGGAGCUGUGACUGGUUCCCUAACCACCUACUGUCUCAGCUGCACAGAGCAGAUACUGGCCUUUCCUCUGUAGGUGAAAUACUAGUUUAAAUCACAGCAUCAGGUUUAGUAAAAAUACCUGCACUGAUCUUGUUGUAAAUGGAAAAUACUGCAGAGAAGUGACUCUGCAGGAAAUUCCCGUUUCCCAUUCUAGGCUAACGCAGGGAUUGCCAGUGCAGUAUAGGUCAAUUUCGUGCAAAAAGACAUUCCAAAGACCAGACAGCAUAUUUAACAGGCCUGAGGGAAAGCUUUAUAUUUCAGUUUAUUUGAUUGUACUUUAUAUCACAAGUCAGUGGAACUGAGCUCACAGGAUGUACCGUGCCAGCUGUUGAAACACAGAAAGAGACUCCUGAGAUACAACAUCCCUUUGAGUCUGGAACAUAGACACCGACUUCUACUGGUGCCGGUGAGUGCUCGACCCCCCCCCCCACCCCACUCCACCACUGCCCUGUCCCCUACUGCCCCGAUUCCAACCCCUUCCCCAAAGUCUCCGUCCCCUCCCUGCCCCUAUUCCGACUCCUUUCCCAAAUCCCCGCCCUGGCCCCGCCUCUUCCCUGCCUCCUCCCCUGGGCACGCCACAUUUCUGCUCCUCCCCACUCCCUCCCAGAGCUUGCUACAGCUGUUUGGCAGUGGCAAGCGCUGGGAGUUAGGCAGAGGAGCGGGGAUGCGGUGCGUUCAGGUGAGGAGAAGUGGAGUGGGGCGGCGAGCUUGGCUGCCAGUGGAUGCAGAGCACCAACUAAUUUUUCCCCGUGGGUGCUCCAGCCCCAGAGCACCCAUAGAGUCGGUGCCUAUGUUUGGAAUAUAUUCGCCCUCCACUCUAAGAGAAGUCAUACAGAACUCGCCAGCCAUGCCCCUCUGUCCUGGCUAUUAACAGGAAGUGGAGCGGUCAAUCAGAAUGAGACACAGGCUUCAGAACUCCCACUAAAGAUGUAAAAUAUUUUGGACAUAUUGUUUUGUCCCAUUUUACCUCAUAUAAGAGACAAAAGGCUUCCAUGGGAAUAAUCAUUGUGUCAGCAGUUUAAAUGGCAUGGUUACAUGAGGAGCUCUUCUCUUUAGACACACUCUGUUUUGUUUAAAUCAAAUCAAAGCCUUCCCUCUGUAAGGCAUCACUGUCUCCUUGAGAAUCUCCAUGAACUGUCUCUCCCUGCCUUGCCUUUCCAGUAAUGGUUCCCAUUUCCCCGCCCAUGUAAUAGCUACAGAGAACAGACUAUUCAAGGGCUCUGGGAGGGUAGUAGGUUAUUUCUAUGUACGCAGAGGCAGUGUGAUCAUUAGCAGGGCUACAGCCUGGGACCUUCAGAAUCAAAAGCACAAGCCCCACCUACGAGAGAUAAAGGAGUUAUGCCAUGAGCCAUCGCUAAGUUGCAGGCUGUGAUGCUCAGUGGAGACAGGAAUAUGACCACACACAUGCACUAAGCCAGGCUCUCGUACUUGGAACCAGAAUCUCCACAGACAGACCAAGCCAAGCCCCAAACAUCAGCCCAACUCAGAGAAGCCAAUAGAUGGCUGCGAUUUCAGUCAGCAGAAGAUGCUUCAAGCUGGACUCACCUUUUCCUGCCAAAUGUUGCCCUCUGGGCUCGUGAUUUUACACAGCAGCUGUCAUCCUCCAGCUAGCCUGAAAUGUGUCAGGUAGUACAGAGCACAGUGAGGCAGAGUAUUACCGUCAGCUGGGUUAGAGAGAUGUCAGUGUCAUUAUCCACCACUAGAGAUUUAAGGAAAGAUGUGAGAUUAUGCAAAUGUUCCUUUUUCAGACAGCAGCGUGAUCUAAUGGAUAAAUCAUAGAAUCUUAGAAUCAUUUAUCAACAUUAAAUUUCAUCUGAUGAUUGUGUGUAGUUUGUAAAGAUUGUCCUCUGGUCUGGGUUCCUUCAAUGAAAGGUAAAUAAAUAGCAUAUAAGGUGUUGUAUACUAUGUUAAUAAUUAACAAUAAAGACUGUGUCAUAUU